AUGCAACAACAAUCAUUAACUUUAUCAUCAAUACAUUCAGAUUUAAAUCUAUUUUUAACAUCAAUUGCAUUAGAAGAAAUACUACGAAGACAACAAACAAGAAAUAGUACAACUUUUCUACCUCAAAAAGGAACUGCAUCAAACAUGGAAUAUAAUACUGUACUACAACCAUCUCUUCCUAGUUCUUCAUGGAUAAGUUUACGUAAUCAAAUGAAAAUGCGUAUACCAAAAUCGACUCUUUUAUGCAUAAUAUAUAUUCGUUAUUUAUUUCAUUAUUGUUCUUCAACACGGUCCAGUAUUGCUACAUUCCUACUAAAUAUUCAACAAGAUCAAAUUGAUCCUCGUCCAAUACUUGAUUUUAAUUGUGUAUCUCAAAGUUUUUGUUGCUCAUAUUUAUCUGAAAUGUCUCCAUCUUCACAGUCAUUUACUACUCCAUAA